CACAUCUUCGUGGGGUUCGGAAACCGUUUAAGUGCGACUUGAAAAUAACCCACCGAGAAAAGCAUCCUAUUAAUAGUGGACUCGCGAGUUCAGCAACAUCACAGUCUUUCUCUACAAAAUUACAGUUUUUUUGCAACCACGUACGUGCUACUGCUAGUGAAAAUCGAUCUGUUCCAAAAGACCUCCGCAUCGUGAAGUGCAACAAUGGAUAGGGUUUAAAAUUUUUACUAAAGUAACAAUGGUGCCAAAGGAAAAGUUAAUAAAGACUACAGAAAGGCAGACUGGAGAUGUAACCAAAAAAGACGAAGAUGGUCACUUUUGCGGACUGACUGGCAAGUAAUAUUCACAUUCAUGGUAGGUAUAUACAAAUAUAUAUUAUAUCGUUGUUCCCACUGGAAGGAAGUUGAAUCUGCAUUUGAGUGAAUCUAAAUAAAGAACUAUGUACUGUUGAGGUGCAUUUGCGGCGCAGAGAGGGAGAAUGCGUGAGUAAGAAUGGUACAAAACACUGUUUGCGCCGAGGCCGGGAAGCGUCAGGAAUUCUCCUCUGUCGUGGAAGCAGAAAUAGGCUCCGGAGUAUUGGCCCUCCAGAGACCUUUUGCCCGAGGAAAUAAUCGGUUUUCGUUGUUCAAGUGGUUUAAACGCCGGAAUCGUGAUUCAGAAAUUGGAAAACGCAGUGGCUCCAGGAAAACUAACAUCCAUGAUGAAAGUUCCUCCUCUUCGAGCAAUGAAAGCAUCAACACAUUCAGCAGUACUACAACUGUACGCAGCUUCGCUUUUCAAAAUGGUUUCCAGAGGUGCAAUGGUCAAGUCAAGUUCGAUUUUCCGAGAGGGCCAGAUGUAGGACCUUUUGGAAAAGGUGCAGUAAAGCUUGUUGAGAAGGGCAAUCAUAAAUUCACGAAUGUCACCUCAACACUGCCCAAUAACUUUUUACGAAAGAGGGACAUCACGGAAAGGUACUCUCUACAACCAUCCAACUCUUUCAAGUCCUGUGGGAACAUUCCCGUCCCGGUUAAGUCGAGUUCUGUAAAAGGAAAGAAGGUUCAUGUGAAGGGUAAGCGCCGAGCACCGAAUCCUCCUGACUUCAAACCAAACACUACCAAUGUCGAACAGACAAUCAAAACUGGAAGACGCAAAAGAAGGCCCGCACCUCGACCUCCGGAAAAGCCAAAUUUAAAAGUUGAUGAGUGCACUGGUAUGCAUGGUAGAAUCGAUGAUCUUGGAACUUGUCCGAUAACCGAUACGUUGAUGUUACGAGGUGGAGUUUUGUUACCUAGAAGAGAAAAUAAAAGUGCUAGUGAGUGUAGCAAAAAAGUUUCUGGCGAGGCAUCCUCAGAUAUUGAGGUUUCACAAAUUGUGUCUUUAUCGACAAGCACUCUCGGCAGGAUGCCGCGACCUUGGUACAAACGUAGUGUUUUCGAAAAUUCCCGCGAAGGUACUGCGAAAAAAGGAGACAUAAGAAAUUCGACAUUAACCGAGAAUAGAGAAGAAUCUGGCCCAUCGACUGCGAUGGCCUCCUGUGAGAGCUCUUCAAAGCUGAGCUUCUUUCAUCGUAAGGAACGAAGUUCAGAAGAUCGGAGGAGAGAAGCCAAGCGGAAAUCAGGUAUUUCAAUUCUGACCAACAUCAGCCAACUCGACAAAGAAGCUGCUGCUAUUUUCCAGGAAGAACAAGCCAGAGCGAAAUCGACAUUGUUACAAAAUAGAUUCAUAGACUUGGAAGAUAAAAUCGCCGUAAAUGAAGAACUUGUUCAGAAUAUGGUAACAUCUACAAUGGAAAGUUCACCUAAACGGUCGACUCGUGCUUUGAUCUCGAAAUUUAAUGCAAUAAGUAAUUUAACGAAAGUUAGUGUCAACUCAAACUUUUUUACGAAAAGUUCUCCAACCGAAAAGAGAAGGGAAUUUGAUUACAAUCAGAUUCGAGGAGAGACUAAAACUGACUGGAUUGACAAUAGAGGACAGAAAGAUCUUUCCAGAUACUUUUUACCACAUCAAAACUCUGCAAAGCAAAAAUCGGAUUUUAAAGUAGAAAAGAAAUUCACUGGAAGUGAUAAUCAGAUAGGAAAGAUGCAGAGACCUUAUGAAGAUGCAAGUGCUGCCACAGAUAAUAUUCCAGAAGAAAAAGAAGAUGAAAAUGAAAAACCUACGACCUCAUCUAAAUCUGAUAGAACAUCAAAUGAAAACAUAUGGAAAUAUUCAUUCCCCCUAAAAGUUCCAUAUAGCGACAAUAAAGUUUUAACUCGAGAAAAUGACUCUAUGAGUAGAAAGCUAGACACGAUAUUCGAUGAAAUCGAUAAAGAGUUGCAAAGUAACAACAUGAAAUACAAAGAAAAUUCAAAAACUAAUAAAGAUAGUACGAAUCAAGUAACGAAGAUUAUAGAUUUUACGAUAGAAUCUGAAAAAGCGGCGAAAGAAAAUAAAUUUCUUGAUGAAUCAACAAAAGCUUUCAGCAACAAGGAAGCAUCAUUAAUUAAAUUUGAUGCUAAACAAGUGUCACCAAAAGGAAAAAUGUUCGUAUUGAAUACUGAAGAGGAUCCUCUAACAACGGAUUUGAAGGAACUGCUCAAAGAAAUGAAACAUUCUUUACCUAAACGUUCCAAGCUAAAGAAGGUUCUAAAUGAGACGGAAAUUCCAAAAGUAAAUAAUGAACCUUCCACAAGCACUUUUCGUGAAAGUUCAUUUUCUGCUUAUUUAAAAAAAGAUGAUUUGCUCAAAUCUGAAAUAGUCCCGAGAAAACAAAAAGUAUCCUCCGGAGUACAAACGAGUGGAAACGUGCGUAAAAUUAAUUUGCCAAUGCAACGGGAAAUUUUUUUUAAUAGCGUGGAAACUAAAGAACAGAAUAGUGCAACGAAAUUGAUCAAAAAUCAGUUUCAUUUGAUAAGACCCAAAGAUUUUGCCGAAAUUGAAGCUACUAAAAUUGUGAAAAAAUCUUCUCAGGAAAAUACUUAUGCUAAUGUUAUUGAACAGUCUCUUUAUGCUAAUGCUGUGGUACCUCCACCGAAAUCUGCAUCAACUCAGUCUUGCGGAUCUAUUAAGGAGGAGCAAGCACAAAAAAAUAAUUACUUGGUUUCCCCUCGAUCGGGUCAAAAAGAAAGAUUAAUUCUGUCAGGGAAAAUUCAACAAGAUCCGGUUGAUGAAUUUCGAAAACAAAAUAUGAAUACGUUGGCUGUUAAUAAAUUGUUAAAAAAAUUAGAAACUGCAAUUGCCUCUGGAAAUCAUCAGCAAGCUGCUAUGUUGGCUAAAGAACUUGCACAAUUAAAAAUUCAUUGCUCGAUGAUUAGACAGCGAGCGGCUACUGCAAGAGGAAUUAUUAAUGUUAAUAUGUACAUCGAAGAUAAGGAAGGUCACCAAGGGCCAAUACCACUCCUGGUUCCAAACAAUAUGACAGUUGCACAGCUGAAAGCAAAAAUUUUUAUUGAAUUCGAAAUACCGACUAAUAUUCAACGAUGGAUUAUUGGAAAAAAUUUGUCCGAUAAUGACGACUCGACUUUGGAAGAACUUCAGACAACUGAAGGAUCUCCGGUGUUCUUAUAUCUCGUUGCUCCUGAUUUGAAUCAAGAUGAUGUGGUUCAGGCCGAAAAGAUCAACCCUGUUAAAGAAAUCGAAAAAGCAAACAUUCAAGAAAUCAAUUUGGUACCAGAAAUUACUAAAGUGCCUCUUGAGGAUAAGGAAAAUGUAAACCCCUUAAAACAGGUUGAAGAAAAAGGGCAAACUACUGAGGCAAUUAAAUUGGAACGCUAUGAAGAAUUAAUUUCUUUGGAAAAUUUUGAUGUUGUGCCUAAUUCAGAACCAAUUGAAUGUCCCAUAUGUUUCGUAACAUACGGAGCAAAGGAAGGAAUCACGUUAAGGGAUUGUCUGCACGCAUUUUGCAGGCCCUGCAUAGCAAAUACCAUCCUGUACUGUGAGGAAGCAGAAGUGAAGUGUCCAUAUACAGACUCGGAGUACACCUGCGAAGCGAAGCUGCAAGAACGCGAAAUUAAGGCGCUCGUGGCGCCAAAAGUUUAUCAGCAGCACCUCGCAAAGUCCAUCGCCCAGGCAGAAAACGCAGCUGGGAAUGCGGCAUUUCAUUGCAAGACUCCAGACUGUUUUGGAUGGUGCAUUUAUGAUGAUAACGUCAACAACUUUCUUUGUCCGGUGUGUCAUCAGAACAACUGUCUAACAUGUCAGGUGAUACACGUGGGCAAGAACUGUCGCCAGUAUCAGGAAGAACUGAGGCUCUCGAAGGAAACGGCUCAAGAGUCGAAAAGAACAGCUGAGAUGUUGGCAGAAAUGGUGGACAGAGGCGAAGCUCUUCCUUGUCCGACAUGUGCCGUCGUUCUAAUGAAAAAAUGGGGCUGUGAUUGGCUCAGAUGCACAAUGUGCAAAACAGAAAUCUGUUGGGUCACAAAAGGUCCUCGUUGGGGGCCCGCCGGAAAAGGAGACACAUCCGGUGGUUGCAAGUGUGGUGAAAAUGGAGUAAAGUGUCACCCUCGAUGCAAUUAUUGCCACUAAUCAAAAUUUUUGCUAGAAAAUGCAAAUCUGCUCACUUAGUUGCAAGAAGAAGAAGAUGAAGAAUUAAUCAAAUUAAUCUAGAAAAUAUUGAAAAAUAGAAAUAGAAAUAAAAUUUUCUACA